AUGAAGUCAUAUCCCGUCUGGAAGCUGGGCGAAAUCAAAAAGCUGGGGUGCGGAGUUCCAGCAACCCAUUUCAGCAGGUGCAACUUGACGGAGGGUAGUCCCGAGGCAGAGGAGAUUCGCAAGAUGCUGGCUGAUGCCAAGAAAGACCUGAAACCACCAACUCCACCUGUUCCCGUCACCGUGAACCUCCCCGAUGGCACGACACGUCGCCAGUAUGCGUUUGACACGCCCGCCGUCCCUCCACUCCCUGCGCGUGAGAAAAUCACGCCUGGCGUCAUCCACACGUUUGCCGUCUACCGACUCAAUCUGGGCACGGUGCUGGGCAUGCAGCCGCGCAAUCGCACCUGUGUUGCCCACGAUGUGCAGGCCAAGUAUCUCAAGACCAAAGUGUACAUGCGACCCGCAAAACCAGGCCACGGCGUGAAGGCGCACCCGUUGAUCCAGAUGAUGUGCGAACUCGCCGGAAUCGAGGACCUGACGGCCGAUGUCGUCGGCUCCACAAACCCGCUCAACGUCGCACACGCAGCCAUGGAGGCGUUCAAGGCGCAGCGCGACCCCGUUGACAUUGCCAAGAUGCGCGGCAAGACGCUCAUCCAGAUUGAUGACCCGGGCCGCCUCCCGCGCGUCCUCUACACCCCGCCCCCGUCCGCAGCACCAACGGUUCCGCUACCCGGUGAUGUGCGGCGCAGCGUCAAGUCGUGGCUGCGCGCAUUUCCCCGUCCAGGCGAUAUGGCUGCACUCGGCUCCGCGAAGCUUGCGUUUGACAAGCUUGUGUCCAACGCGUGGACGGAGCGCGGCGAGGAUGGACGCCACUUCCGCAACAAGCUCAUCCACGUGCGCGGUGGCCUGGCCAUUGUGAAGGGUCUGGAUGACGACAUUAGCGCCUGGUUCCAGAGCCAGCCGCCCAGGGCGUCCCCAAUGGACCUGCAGGUGUACACGCGUAAGUCGUUCCUCGACGACUCGUUCUGGCCCGGCGGCGUGCACGCCAGCCUCGACUACCACGCCACCAUUUCCACCGCAGGCACCACCACCAGCGCCAGCACCCAGCAGCAAUGAGGAAGAAUAGGGAGUGAUGGGGAGUGAAGAGGAGGGAGAGGUGUGAGGGAGAGGUGUGAGGAGGGAGAACGAUGUUUGGAUGGACAAGAAAGCAACACACACUCUCGUGCGCACACACACACUCGUGCACACACGUGCACACAUUCUCGUGCUCGCAGCAAGUUGCCUUGUCUCCGCGCAAUAAAUACCUUUUAUCGUGUAUG